AUGAUAAGAUCAACUUCAUACCAUAGAUUAAAUCGGAAGAGCUCUUCCACAGAAUCGAGUGGGAGUAUACGCAAUAAACCAUCAAAACCGUCAAUCUCCGAUUCGAAACAGAGAGGCCGUAAGAAAGAUGCUUUAGAGAAGUUCAUCGAAUCACCACAGCAGCUGCUUAAAAGCAGUCUAUCCCAGCUGCGCCAUACCAUCCUUGUGGAAGGACUCCCAGUAGAGUGCCCAUACAGGUCAUACAUUUGGAGUAUUCUACUCUCCGGAGCACCUAUUGAAAGUGAAUGGUAUAGCGGCAUUGUAUCUCGAGGGAAAGUGAAUUCUAGCAAUGUCGUCGAUACCAAGUUUGUCCAUUUUGGAGAUAAGAUUGAAAACGAUGUUUUUCGAACGUUUCAGAAUAACAAGAAGUUUUGGUCCAAAAUUGAAGAAGGUGAAUUGAUACGAAUAUUGAAUGUCUUUGCCUGGUGCGUCAUUGAAGAUGAACAGGUUGAUUUCAAAGUGGGAUCGAAAAUAAGCAUUUCGCCAUACGUUCAGGGAAUGAAUGUACUGGUUGCACCUUUGGCGUAUGUAUGUAGGAGUGAGCCGCAAGCAUUCGCACUUUUAUAUCGGCUGCUUAUGGUGGAGAUGCCCAGGUAUAUUACACCAACACUAGCAGGUGUAAUGGACGGAGUUAGGUUAGUUGAUUUGGUAUUGAAAACUGUGGAUAGGAGACUAUAUGAAUAUUUAGAUCAAUCUAUGGCAAAUGCAAAGAUAUAUGCCUUACCAUCGGUAUUGACUUUAUGUGCAUGUACACCGCCUCUUGAAGAGGUAUUGAAGCUAUGGGAUUUCCUAUUUAGUUUUGGAAUUCAUAUGAAUGUGGUCUUGAUUGUUGCCCAGUUGUUGUUGAUACGUGGUGAAUUGAUGAAUACCAAGAACCCAAUGGUAUUACUACGGAACUUCCCACAGUUGGAGUCUUCUAAAAUCAUCAAAUUAUCCUUGAGUAUAGCCAGAAAUAUUCCAGAUUCAUUGUAUGACUUGAUUGUAAGACAUACAUUCGAUGAGUCGGUUACAUUAGAAAUCGACGAUUAUAAAAUUUAG